UCAGUCGGAAACCGAAUCGCAGACCCGCAACACAAGACUCACAGUUCGCAUUGCAUACUUUUUGGCGCGCUUCGAAAUAAACACACCAAUACGUACACCAAUACAACACACCAACACAAACAGGCUCGAUUGCUGCAUGUGUGUGUGUGUGUAGCUGUGUCUGUGUGAGAGUGCCUUCUAAAGUCGCCCAUCCUGCGAAGCGACAAAAUUCAUCAACUCUUGUGUCUGGGGUGGUAUGUGGAUAAAUUUUAGCCGCCAUGGAUCCCAGUGCUCUACAAAACAUGGAUCGGGACGCAUUAAAGAAGCAAAUCGAGAAUAUGAAAUAUCAGGCCUCCAUGGAGCGCUGGCCGUUAUCUAAAUCCAUAGCAGAAAUGCGCUCGUUCAUCGAGGAGAACGAGAAAAAUGAUCCGUUGAUCAAUGCGCCGGAUAAGAAGAACAAUCCGUGGGCCGAAAAGGGCAAAUGCGUUAUUAUGUAAUAUUAUCGUAAACCACAGAAAUACCGCCAUAACUAUGAUAACCAGCCAAACAAUAAUAAUGCAACCCAUUCCACGACUCAUACCACAACAACAACAA